CAGGCCGUUAGUUUUGUUUGCGCCGCGGCGUUCGCUUGUAGCAACGGCUGGACGAUCAGUGCGUUACGUCGGGAAGUGGUGCGCGUGCCGCUUCAAUCGUCAAAUAAAAUACAACAAAAAGAAAAAAAAAACCGUGUGUCCACCGAAAAUGUGAAUCAUCAUUGUUCGUGAAACGGAGUGUACACAGAAGCAUCGCCGUUUCGCUCCCGAGCUGCUCAUUCAUCCACAAUCACUCCCAUGCUGCCAAAUAUGUCCCAAAUCCGAUAACGUUGUCCUGCUACUCGGAUUUGGAAAGGGCACACGAACCACUUCAUCGCCGAUAUUCCUCUCCUUGCAGUAAUUAUAAACGCAUGCCACGCAAACUCCCUCAAAGUGCAGGCUGCAGAUCGCAAGAGUGGUGCGUGAAUAAAUGAGCGAUAUUUAAAAUGUGUUACAAAAAAACGGGACUGCAUUCUCAGAGUGCGAAAUAAACGUGAAGAAGACAGCACCGUAGCGUGGUGAUGAAAGAGAGCAAACAAAAGUGUCGUGAAAGUAUUCUACCGCGCAUCGAGGGGCAGUGCAAUGUGCAGCGUAUUGGAAAGGCGUCCCUUCGUAUCGUGAUGCUGUCAGAGGGAAAGGGUUUCAACCUGCACAUAGUCUUUAUAGACCGUGACGUCGGCUGUGGUUCUGUGAGCUGAAAGCUGAUCAUUUUACGUGAAACAAAUAUUCAAAUAUGCAAUCCGUGCGGUGAAACGUUCAAUCGUGUGUGUGUGUGUUUCUGUGUGAUCGUUUGUGUGUGUGUGCGUGUCUUGAUUCGUUAAAUCAUCGAUAAAAGUUGUAUCAAAACCACGAGCAGCUCGCAUUGGAUCGACAUCCUUUCUACUCCUUUUGCUUUUGGCUUCGUUCGUUUGGUCGCGCAUUCGUUGGACAUCCUGUGUUUUGCAUCAAAAUUGCCCACCAGCGGCUUGUGACGGGGUGUGUGACGUGCGCACCGUGGUGACCUCAUACCCUUGCCAUUGUACGUAUUCCCCUCCCCGGAGACGCGAUGGCGCGAUCGAUGUUAAUAUGCUGGCGUUAUCGGUUGGCCAUUGUUUGUGGAUUAUUGCUGUUCCGGUGCGAGCAGCUGCAGGCUUAUGCUAAUCAACAUCCACCACUAUCAUCGCCGGCGACACAGCAGGGUGAAGCUGGUGGCAGUUCGAUCGGAGCUGCCGGAAACGGUGCCGACACGAGUGGAUUUGAAGCGAGCGAUGUGUUCCGAUGUUGUGCCGAGGUUCAGGGCUCUUGCAAGGCGGCCUGCGAGAAUCUAUCGCUGGCACGCAUCGCCUCCGAACCAGGCUCCCGGGAGGCCAAGCUGCUGGACGUGCGCAAGUACUGCCCCCGGCAGCAGGUCCCCUUCUGGCAGUGCAUGAACGAAACGAUGGCAGCGGUCCAGCGGGGAGCCAGCUGGCCGGGGCGCAUCUGCUGUCCGCUGGCGAUGUCCCUCAGGUGUCAGCACGUGUGCGCUACGGGGUCAUCGCAGGACGAUCUACGGACGGGCUGUCGGGCGAGUGAUGAACAGCAGCUGUACGGCUGCCUCAAGCGCCAGGAGGACGGCCAUCGGUGCUGCAGCAGUGCCCGCACCGCCGAAUGUCUUGACGCGUGCGGACAAGUGUUCCAGCGCUACCAGACCCCUUCGAAGGCGUUGCGCGAACGGGUACUGACGGGUUGUCGCACCAACAACAGUAACGUGAUGCAGUGCAUCAAGGGAUUCAUCGAUGUGACCUUCAACCGGAACCUGAAGCGAUAUGUGCCGUGCUGUGAUGCAUCGCCAGAACCAAAGUGUCGCCGGGUCUGUCACGAGACACUCACUGCCGGCGGUUCCGACACCGACCCGUACACGGUGGAGGAAAUGAUCGAUCUGCUGCAGCACCGGGGCGGAUGUGGCGCACUGAUGCCAACGCUGCCGCUGUGGAAAUGUUUCCUGGAGGCCGACAAGCAACGGUCCGCCGGUCAACAGGCCAACUCGAACGAGGUGUCACGUAUCAACCAGAUCGGUAUGGAUUCGGCCAAGCAGCACUGCUGUCUGAAGGCCGAAUCGGUCCGAUGUCGGCGCCUCUGCUCGACAACCUACGCGAACGAGUGGACGACGAAUUUGGUUGACUUUGAGCAGGAAUGUUUGGCGGCACCGGAAGAACACGCCCUUCGGCAGUGCAUCGACGAAGUCGACGAACCGUGCGAGCUGGGCUGCGAUGGGCUGUCGUUCUGCAGCAACUUCAACAACCGGCCAACGGAGCUGUUCCGCAGCUGCCGGCAGCAGUCGGACAUGGCCGCCCGGAGCGACGUGCAGCAGUGGCGCCAGCAGGGCUUCCUUCCCUUCCCAGGCAACGUGCUGCUGCCGAUGCGCAACGAGACCGAGUGUUCGUACGAGAUCUGGAAGUCGAUCGCCUGCACGCUGCAGAUCAAACCGUGCACCAAGGGCUACCACACGAACCACAUCUGCCGGCAGGACUGCUACGAGGUGCUGCGGAACUGCGUCGACUGGGAGCGAAUACCGGGCGGCCAUACGGUGUCGUCGCUCUGCCAGCAGCUCGCACCCCAGAACAACUCUCUGCCCUGCAUCUCGAUGGGACGGUUCCAGCCGCACGGUUUUGGGGCGGCCGGAAUGGACGCGGACCGCGAGCGCAUCAUAGCGGACGUAUCGCUCGUGUCACCAUGCAAGGGUAAUCCUUGUAAUGCGACACAGAUCUGUGUUGCCAAUCGCGAUGGUACAUUUGGUUAUCGCUGCGUUAACGGAUGUCCACUGGGGGAGGCUUCGUCGUACCUUGUGCCGGUCGGAGCGUUCGUGCGUAUUCCGGUGUCGGUCACGCAGAAAGGUUGCCUUAAAGUGUGCCGCUGUGGUGAGUCGGGUCGGAUUGAAAAGUGUCAACCACUGCCGUGUAUUAGCUACGAUUCUUGUACGCUGGCGGGGAAGCGGUUCGCGCAUCUGACGCACUUCUACGUCGAGUGCAACGUGUGCAGUUGUUUCGCGGAGGAGAUUACUUGCACCAAGCGACAGUGUCAUGUGCCAGGGCUGACGGUCGAUCGGUCGUUCACCAGCUUGCCGUGCAACUGUCCGGCGCACUAUGUGCCGGUGUGUGGACGCAACGGCAACACGUACCCGUCGGCCUGUGUUGCCAAGUGUGCCGGCAUACAGGAGGGUGACAUCGAGUUUGGACCGUGCCGGGCGCGAAACCCGUGCGAUCAGAUCGACUGUGGGCCGCUGUCCGUGUGUCUGCCCGACUGGAACGUGUGCCUGUCCGGAAUGCAUAAACCCUGCCCGCAGUAUCGAUGUGUCAAUCUUACCUCCACGAACUGCUCCACCAUCACCGACAUCCGUGACACGAGCCUGGGCUACCAUGCGAACCUCUGCAGCAUGGCAUUCGAACGAGCCUCGUACGCGUACCAGGAGAAGUACCGCAAGGUCUGCGAAACCUCGCGCCGCCGUAGUCAGGUGUGCGGCGUGAACGGUGUCACCUAUCGGAGCGAAUGUGAAGCGUGGAGCGAUUACUCCACCGUCGACUACAACGGACCGUGCCAGGAGGUGGGCCUGAUCAGCCCUACGCUCGAUGCCCGCUGCUCGUCGAUCAAGUGUCCGCGGCGAAAGCUGACGAACUGUAAUCCGGUGCUGCCGCCCGGUGCCUGCUGUCCGGUGUGCGGCACCGCCCUGCGCAUCGUGUACUCGCGCAAACAGAUCGAUCGUGGCCUCUACGCACUGAAGGGUCAGUCGACGGAGUAUCUUACGCUCAAGUCGAUCUUACGCUCCCUGGAAGCGCUCCUGCAGACGGUCGAAUGUCGGCUGAGUGGUCAGCUAACGUUCGAGAACGAUCUGUAUGUGGUGCUGGAAACGUUGAGCCGAAAUCCGUCCCGCCUGCAGACAGAAAUUUGUGCGCGGGAAGCGGAACGGCUCGUGACACUGGUGCGCACGCAGAGCCAUCGGAUCACGAGCGAGCUGAACCUGAGCGCACUAACGGUGGCGACACUGGUGACCGAACCGAGCGGUGCCAGUCGCUUGUACAGUAGGUUAAUGGCAGGUUUAGUUGUAACGAUAGUAAGCUAUCUGGUCGGUGCCACAUCAUGGCAGUCGCGACUGUGAGUUUAGUGAAUUCGCACGUGCCAAACUAGGGUGUAGGGAUGGGAGGGAAAUCAGGGAUGGAACACACCAAAAGCGUUUGGUUCCAUCACUGAAAAAGCCACCAAACUGUGAUGCUAGUUCGUAGGUAGCGUAGGAGUACGGGAGCUAGACGGGGGACGUUAGCAUUAUGACCGGUUGAUUCGUUCGUCGUUCGCCAAAGCAAAAAACAGCAAGCAGCAAUCAUUGUCUAGUCUAAGCUUAGCAGAAUUCAUCACUCGUUUGUAAGGAACGAUGCCGCAACGCCAUAUAAUUUAAAGAUACUUUCCUAA